UUUUCUUUUUUUGGGUCUCAUUAUCGGUUAAGCCCACCCUUUAAUUCCUUGUUAAAGUAAGAAUGUAGGAUAACAAGCCUAGCAAUACACGGGGCAAAUAUCAGCGCCUUCUUUUUACCGAAUGGGCCAGUAAUCGCAAAUCUUUUCAUUUCAUUACACGCCAGCCACGGUUUUGGGCAGCCUGAGAAUUGAACGGCGGGAAAGUUCUUCUUCCCAAACUGAAGAAAUGUGGAUUGCACGAGCUAAGCCUCUGUUGCAAUUGCAAACCAUUAGAAGAAGAUGUUCGAAAUCACCAUGCUACGUUUUCUCUUUUCUUUCUUACUCGGACGUUCCUAACAAGAAGAGCCCUUUACAGGAGACUAGAAUGAGAGAUAGGUUUAAUCUCUAUGCCAAAGGAGGUGAUGGUGGUAAUGGCUCCACCAGUUUUCGCCGUAGUCGUCAUGAUCGUCGUGGUAAACCUGAUGGUGGGAAUGGUGGAAGAGGUGGUGAUGUGAUCCUAGAAUGUUCCACUGCAGUUUGGGACUUCAGUGGCCUGCAAAAUCAUGUCAAUGCAGGGAGAGGUGGACAUGGAACCUCGAAGAACAAGAUAGGAACUCGAGGAGAAGACAAGAUUCUCCAAGUGCCUAUUGGUACUGUAAUUCACCUGAAAAAGGGUGAAAUACCGUCCAUGCUUGAACAUUGUUCUUCAGCCGAUUUGGAUCCUUGGGAACUCCCUGGUUCACUCUCUACGGACCAGUCUGAAGUUGACCAGCUACCUUCCUCAAAGAACACAAGUAUGGCUGAGAAAGUAAAAUCGACACAUGUUGCUGGUCACUUAUCGUUUUGUACUGAAAUAACUGUGGACCAAUCAAGUGGCAUGAACCAAGCAACCGGGCCUCAAUCAGAACCUACGGAAGAAAUCAGUUAUAAUGUGGCAGAAUUAACGGAAGAAGGUCAGCGGAUGAUUGUUGCAUAUGGAGGGGAAGGUGGUUUAGGUAAUGUAUGUUAUCCAAAUGUUACGAUGAAGCCUAAGAUGACAAAGGGUGAAGUCCCGAGGGAUAAUUCAAUCGAGGAUGAAGCAUCAAAUGAUGAUCGAUCCUCCCUUCGUACUGGUUUGCCAGGUUCUGAAGCUGUUCUUGUCCUAGAACUUAAGAGCAUUGCUGAUGUAGGCCUUGUGGGGAUGCCCAAUGCUGGUAAAAGUACACUUUUAGGGGCAAUUUCUCGAGCUAAGCCUGCAAUAGGCCACUAUGCGUUCACGACUCUAAGGCCUAAUUUAGGGAAUUUGAACUUUGACGACUUGUCAAUUACGGUGGCUGAUAUUCCAGGAUUAAUAAAGGGUGCUCACCAGAAUCGUGGACUCGGACAUGCUUUCCUCCGCCACAUAGAACGUACUAAGGUUUUGGCAUACGUUGUAGACUUGGCCGCCGCAUUAGAUGGUAGGAAAGGAAUUCCACCAUGGGAACAACUGAGAGAUUUAGUCUUGGAGCUCGAGCACCAUCAGGGAGGUCUCUCGAAUAGACCAUCAUUGGUCGUGGCGAAUAAAAUCGAUGAGACCGGGGCUGAAGACGUCUUUCGAGAGCUCGAGAAAAGGGUCGAAGGUGUUCCUAUAUAUCGUGUAUGUGCAGUUCUAGAGGAAGGAAUAUCAGAGGUAAAAGCUGGUCUUAAAUUGCUUGUCAAUGGUGAUGAAAAUUCAAGCUCACUCAAUAUAGAAAACAUUAGGUGUUGAUUAGAAUCCUGCUUUGGAUGAUAUUUUAGAAAUUAUUUUAGUCGAUUUUUUAAAUUUUAUUUUUAAAAAUGUAUGCGUUGAUGAAAAAAUAUUAUUGUUAGAGCAUAUUGUGUUGAUAUCACGAAUUUAUUGUUUUAUCUCCUUAAUAGGCUUACAGAA